CUGUAGAUCCGCCACUGGUCCCAGUUUGGGUCCAGUAGCAGCGUGCCCGGUGUUUGCGCAUGCGCGCAGCCCGGUGUCCGGUGUCAGACUGUCAGCAGCUGUUGAGACCAUGAACGGUAGGACCGACACAGCAGAGAAAACACACCCAGAAUAACCAAGUGGUCCCGGUGCGGACCCAGUACAGACCAGGUCCAGAGGUAGUACACGACCGGGCCGGAUACUGCAGGGAGCCGCUGAUCUGCAGCUGGAGCUAACGGGACUAACAGGCUAACUGGCAGCAGACCGUCAGCUGUCAUAACGGGGCUAACGGGCUAACAGGCUAACGGACAGGCCACUGACUCGUGUUCACCACGCUGCACUGCACUCAUACGUCCUGACCCGGGUUAGUUUGUGGACCUCCUGAACCGUCUCCAGCCGGACUGUCUCCGGUUCACCGCCGGUCUCUGGUGAAGUUCAGCCGGCUAACGGAGGCUAACGAGCUAACUGUCAGAGUACCGUCAGUCCAGCCGAGAGAGAGAGACCGUUUUGACCCGUUUCCGUUUGAGGAGCAACAAUGUUGAUAGCAGCGGUCAGUGCUGGAACUGGAAACUCUGCUGCCCCCGGGAAGAAACACCGGCGCAGAGGCAAGAAGCACCGGAGAGUCCGGACCGACGAGCAACGGCUGGAGGACCUCAGUGACCUUCAGAGUAGCUUUCCAACCACACCAAUGCAGACUUGCCCCCAAAGUACUCCAAAAACCAUCACAUCAUCACAUCCAGAAGAUCUCCAUGAAACCACCUCAGCAGCCCAACAAAAUCUUCUACGUACCACCUGGCAGUCCCAGAGUGUCCCCAGAACCUCCUCCCCACCUCUCCAGGACACACUGGAGACCACAUCCACCCUUCUAGAUGCAAUAGAUGUAGCACCCCUGGUACCUCCUGGAACUACCCUGUUAAUUGCCCCGCAGCCCCGUUCAAAUACGCCCUUGACAGCACCAUUGACUCCUCAGACCUUCACCCAAUCACCCCCUACCACAUUUCAAAGUCCCGCCCACAGUCCCAGCCAAUCACCGCCAACUGUAAACGAAAAUAUUACCCAGAAUUCCUCCAGAUUGCCUCACAGGACUCUUCAAACUGUUAAUCCAAGUGUUUCUGAGACAGAUCCCUUGGAAUCACCUCCAAUCCUACUCCACAAUGUUACCCACAAUGCACCUCAAUCAUCUUCAUUGUCUGUCCCACAUCCUGUCAAAGCCCCUCCUAGCCCUCCAUUAAGCCCCUCCCACCCUGACCCCUUGCUGCUGACAUCAGUGACCUUCACCUCCAGUGCCUCCUCCCACCUCUACUCCCCGCUCUGCUCCUCAUCUGCCUCCUUCCUCCACUCCCUCGACUCUCUGGGUCCUCCCAUUGGUCUGCCUCCUAUGAUGUCAUCAGCUACCCAUCAACUGACCACACCCUCUCCGGUUCUGAGUCCGCCCCCUCCUGAGUUAACCCCGCCCCCUGCUCAGCUGCUGGGCUCAGAUGAUGAAGAGCAGGAAGACCCGUCAGACUACUGUAAAGGUGGUUACUACCCGGUGAAGAUUGGUGACCUGUUUAAUGGGAGAUACCACGUGGUCAGAAAACUGGGCUGGGGACAUUUUUCUACUGUUUGGCUCUGCUGGGAUCUGCAGAAGAAACGUUUUGUGGCAUUGAAGGUGGUAAAAAGUGCUCCACAUUACACUGAGACGGCUCUGGAUGAGAUCAAACUGCUCAGAUGUGUGAGGGACAGUGACCCCUCGGACCCCCACAGAGAAACCAUCGUCCAGCUGAUCGAUGACUUCAAGAUCUCUGGAGUCAAUGGAGUCCAUGUCUGUAUGGUUCUGGAGGUUUUGGGUCAUCAGCUGUUAAAGUGGAUCAUCAAGUCGAACUACAUGGGACUUCCUCUGCUGUGUGUGAAGACCAUCAUCAAACAGGUGCUUCAGGGUCUGGAUUACCUUCACACCAAGUGUAAGAUCAUCCACACCGACAUCAAACCAGAGAACAUUUUAUUGGAUGUAGACGAGGUCUACAUUAGGAGGUUGGCAGCUGAGGCCACCGUCUGGCAGAGAGCUGGAGCCCCACCCCCCUCAGGAUCAUCAGUUAGCACGGCUCCCAGGGAUCUACAGGUUGGUAAACUGUCUAAGAAUAAGAAGAAGAAAUUGAAGAGGAAAGCGAAGCGUCAGCAGAGACUGUUGGAGGAGAGACUGAUAGAUAUACAGAAGAUGGAGGAGGAAGAAGGAGUGUAUCAACCUGAGGACACAGACACACACUGUUCUCUCGUUAUCAACGGCAACACCAUCUGUUCCACAGCCAACAGUAAAGCCAGUCCAGAGUCCACCUGCUCCUGGCUGGAGGACAGGUGUAAUGGCCACGCCCCCGGUCGUUUCUCCAGCCCUGCGUCUGGCCUAUCAGGUUUCUCCAGUUCUGUGAUGUCAGCGACGUCUGAAUCAGCACUUUCUACUCAGUCAGGAUACUCGAGUGGGCGAGACGUGUUCAGUGCGUCAGACUUUGUCCUCAGUCCUCUGGAUCCUCAAAAUGCAGACAAACUGAAAGUGAAGAUCGCUGAUCUGGGAAAUGCAUGCUGGGUGCACAAACACUUCACUGAAGACAUUCAGACCAGACAGUACAGAGCUCUUGAGGUUCUGAUUGGAGCAGAGUACGGACCACCUGCUGACAUCUGGAGCACCGCCUGCAUGGCGUUUGAGCUGGCAACAGGAGAUUAUCUGUUUGAACCUCAUUCAGGAGAAGACUACACCAGAGACGAAGAUCACAUCGCUCACAUCAUGGAGCUUCUCGGACCCAUCCCUGUGCCCUUUGCUCUGUCUGGCAGGUACUCCAGAGAGUACUUCAACAGGAGAGGUGAGCUGCGGCACAUCUCCAGCCUGAAGCCCUGGGGACUGUUUGAAGUCCUGCUGGAGAAGUACGAGUGGCCUCUGGACCAGGCGGCUCAGUUCAGUGACUUCCUGUUGACCAUGUUGGAACUGCAGCCUGAACGCAGAGCGACGGCAGCUCAGUGUCUGCAGCACGCAUGGCUGCACACAUGAACACACACACACACACACACACACACACACACACACACACAGUGGUUGAGGAGUUUUAGUGUCUCUAACUCGGUGGUGAUUUAAUUUGAUGUAGGAAAUUAUCAUCUCGACUGUCUGAAUGCUCUGUGGACUGAUUCCUAAAUUGGUUCAUUGAUUGGUUGGUUGGUUAAUUUGUUGGUUGGCUGUGCAGGUCAACAGAUUUAAUUGAGGCUGGAUCCAAAUGUCUGUGAUGAUCCAGUUCUUAGACUCUGAACAGGUCUGAGCAGGUCGGAUUAGGUCUUAGAUCUGCUGCACAGAGAAAUAAAGAGGAUGAAGGUGGACUUCAUCAUCCUCACAGCAGUGUCGUAGCUUCUUCUGUUUUAAAUGUGGUAAAUAAACAGAUCAGAGACUUCAGGUUUAAUAAAGAACAGUUGGUGUUUUAUCUGUGAUCAGUUUGUAAAUGUUAAACAUUAGAAUAGUAUAAAGAUAUAGGAGGUCAAACUGUCUAGUCCUCUUUGCUGUGCUGCAGAACAAGUCUCAUGAUCAUGAUCCUGAUCUGAGCAGAUAUGAACUCCAGGUUCUUUGCAGAGUCCAGACCUGAAUGUACCACAGACACAACCAACAAAUGUACACACCUGAGAACACAUGCACACAUCUGGAUUCAGCCUUAGGUUUUGUCCUCCCUGCUGACCUUUGACCUCCAUCAUGUCACCACAGUGAUAGUCGGCAGAUUUCACAUCACAACAUGUUGAUGAUCUGAUGAUUUAUUAAAAACAGAGUCUGACAGGAAACGAAAACAAAACAGGAAUCAGCUGCAUCUUCUGUAAACUGCUCAGUCUUUCUGUUGUACCGGCUGAUUUCUGCAAAUUUCUGUAGAUUUCUAAUGAUUUCUGUUGAUUUCUGCUGACUUUCUGAAAAUUUCUGCUGAUUUCUAAUUUGAAAUUUUCUGCUUUUCUUAUGAAUUUGCUGUAAACUUUGUUCUUUAUGUUGUUCGACUGAAUUUUCCUGUUUUUCUGCUGAUUUCUGUGAUUUCUGUUGAUUUUAGUUUGUAUUGAACUGACUCCUGCUGUACCUUUAAGAAAACUGUGAGAGGAUUUUUGAUUACUGGUUAUUGAUUAAGGACUUGUAAUGAUGGUGAUGAGUUUUGGUUUAGAUGAGCACACUGUAGCUUCCUGACAGCGGCUGACCUCUCACUGACUCUGACAACAGUAUUGAUCGUAUUGAUCACAGUAUUGAUCUCUGUAGCUGAAACUGAGUCGUCCUCGGAUGACAUCUGACCUCCUCACCUGUUCACCUGCUCUCACCUGUUUCUAUGUUCAUAUAAGAAAUAGUGCCUUGAAAUGACCUUGACCCCACCCCCUCUUCCCAGUCACAGUGACAUCACCAGAGACAUAGUUUUUUCUACAUGUGUCAUCUGUGUGGAACAUUUCUUCUGUGAAAAUAAAGAUGAUAUUGAAAGCUGG